AGUACUCUGAGGUCCUGUUCAACAUGUGGGCUUGGCGAUACGGCCCCACCGCCAUCUAUUAUCGAGAUGUGGACAAUUACGUCAUUCAUCCUGCGUACGACAAGAGGACAUAUGACAACGAUAUCGCCCUCCUUCACCUCGCGAAGCCCAUAAGCCUGGCUGACUUCGACGGGGUCAAGCCAGUGUGUCUGCCUCCUCCUUCCGCAGACUUCACCGGCAGGAACGCCACGGCCACGGGAUGGGGGAGGCUCUCAUACAACGGCGAGCAGUCGGAGACGGCCCAGGAGGUCUCGCUCCCGGUCCGGUCGCGGAAGGAGUGCACGGAGGCCUUCGGGCGCCUCUUCACCGACCACAUGAUCUGCGCCGGCGUCGCCGAGGGCGGGAAGGACGCGUGCAAGGGGGACAGUGGCGGCCCCUUGACGGUGCAGGAGGCUGACGGGCGCCACACCCUCGCAGGAAUCGUGAGCUGGGGAGACGGCUGUGGGAAGCCUGGUCUCUACGGCGUCUAUUCUGAAACGCGAGAUUAUCUUGACUUCAUUGAGGACGUCGCCAAAAACGGCAGAAAAUGCAAGAAUUGAAAGACGACCCAUUUGCAUGCACUGCAAAACGGCGAAAGUGAAAUUUGAUUCCUGUUUGAGUUAAUGGAAGUAUCUAAA